UUCACUCCCUCUGCAGGAUACAUUUAUUGCUUAGUUCUCCUUUUCAAUGCAGAAGAAUUAAUGUUGAUUUAUAAAAUAAUAUGUUACACCAAUUUAAAAGUUUUAAAUUCUAAAACCACCUCUUGUUGCUGCAUAAGUUACAGAUAUCAAGAGAAAAGUUUGUAGAGUUUGCAGAGGGAGGAAGGCCACUAAAUACUGUAUAUCAACCUGAACUUCCGGUCAGAGUGGUUGACAAGUUUACGUGGCUGUAGUAGCCUGUAGAGAAUACAGUUUUUCGGCAAAAUGCCGAAGCAAAACGAAUUAAUGGACAAAGCCGAGGACGUCGUAGAUCAGGUUUUACGACACUCAAAACAUAUCCUGCCUCAUGUUGCCCGCUUCUGUCUUAUUUCAACAUUUCUUGAAGAUGGGAUACGUAUGUGGACACAAUGGGGAGAACAGAGGGACUAUAUGAAUGCUUCGUGGGGGUGUGGUUGGUUCUUGGCAAGUGUGUUCGUGUUCAUUAAUCUAAUUGGACAACUAGGAGGCUGUGUUAUGGUUUUGAGUCGACAAAAAGUUACCAUAGCAUGUGGAAUUCUCUUUGCUAUCAUUGGCUUACAGACUAUUGCUUACAGUAUUCUGUGGGAUAUCAAGUUUUUAUUAAGGAAUUUGGCUCUCGCUGGUGGUGUGUUAUUAAUAUUGGCUGAAGAAAGAGCAGAAGGAAAGAGUUUAUUCGCUGGACUACCAUCACUCGGAGAGAAUAAUCCUAAGCAGUAUAUGCAGCUCAGUGGUCGAAUCCUUCUGGUUCUCAUGUUCCUCACAUUGUUAAGAUUUGAAUUUAAUUUUAUUCUGAUAGUGCAGAAUCUUGUAGGCACUAUUCUAAUUGUACUUAUAGCUGUAGGCUUUAAAACAAAACUAUCUGCGUUAAUUCUAGUUACAUGGCUCACUGGGCUCAAUUUAUAUUUUAAUGCUUGGUGGAGUAUUCCUGAUUACAAACCCAUGCGAGAUUUCUUGAAGUAUGAUUUCUUCCAGACGCUGUCGGUAAUUGGAGGUUUGUUACUUGUCGUAGCCCAUGGUCCCGGUGGUGUCAGCAUGGAUGAACACAAGAAAAAAUGGUAAUACUUGCUCUAUUAGGAAAUAUUACCUUGGUUACCAGUAGAUGGUUGCUAUGAUGCAUUGACCUUUGUAUGGUUAAAUGUUUAUUAUUAAUGAUAAUAAUAUGGCUGCCAACAUUUGUGUUUGGAUCAUUAGUUUGUUUGAAUGACUUUUUAUAGAAAAAUAAAAAAUGAAAAUUUAAAAAAAAACGUAACAGGAAUAGGGUUAUAGUUGAUUGUAUGUCGAUUUUGUCAACAAACAAUUCAAUGAGUCAAGCACUUUCAGACUACGCAUUUUAAUGAAACCAUAGCAACUCAUUUUGUAUUGACAUGGAAACAGUAGUUGCCAUAGCAACUGUAGCUGCUGGAUUGGUAUUGUGGAGAGAAAUGAAGGUAGCUAUUUAAUAAGUUUUGUUUGGCAGCCAGUCGUUAAGUGAUCUUUAUUAUUUAAUUGUUAGACUCUUAAAUUUCAAAACACAUUGGGGGGAAUUAUUAAGCAUUAACCUGAAUAAGGUCUGAUGCAGUUCAUAGAUGCAGGUCUGCUUCAAUGAAUCUGUUUAAUAACUACUUCCAUCCCUGUCCCGAACACAAUUGAAAAGCGGUGUUGAUUACUUUGUUAGAAAUAUGUACACAUUAAUAAAUUUUUUAUUGUGUUUAUUUAAACAUUCAUUGUAAUUGUUGACUGUUGUGAAAAAAAAAAAUUGUUGUUGUAAAUGGGCCUGAAGACGUCUGUAUGUUAAAUGGGGGGUUAAUUUAUUGUUUGAAUAUCGGGUGACAGUUAUAGACAAAUUUUCAUCCCCUUUUCUCUGUAUUUAUUAUUUUUGAAACAAAUUGUUAAAGAAAAUAUUUAGAUUGUCCUUCCUGACGAAAUUCUCCCUUUUCUACGUAGACAUUUUCUAUAAGUUACGUAAAUACAAGUUAAAAACUGUAUUCAAAUCGUCCUAACUGAUGUAAACUUUGUUUUUCUUUGAACAGUCUGAAUGAUAUAGUCACCAUAUUUCAUUUCUUUGUUGUUCAUAGAAUAUUAUUGACAAUAGUCAAUUGAUUAUUUUAAUUAAGUUACUUUACAAGGUGAAAACAGUAGAGUACAGUUGCUUGCCAUAUAUAAGAAAUAGUACCGGUUAUUAAAUAUGCUAUUGUAUUUUCUUUAUAAGUCUCUAGUAUUUUAUAUUAAAUACCAGUAAUUGUAGAGCAUUCUAAGAAUACAUGGUUAUUUAUUCUAAGAUUUAUGUUACAUGUGUUUACAAUGGUGGUGGUCAAGAGUAAUUAAUUACCACACAAAAAAAAAAAUCUUGAGGCCAAUUGUAGUUUGUCACAAAAUAUUAUUUUCUCAGAUACCUUUUAAAGCUAGAUGCCAGCAUCGUUGUUCAUUUUCAUCAUUGUUCGUAUGUUUUAUGUCAUAUAAACAUGUUAAAGUAUGAUAAAAAGAAAAUAAAUGAUCUUCCAAUAUCCCCUCACUACCUUCUGUUUGUAACUUAUAUUAUGUAGCUGGUUUAUGUAAUGAAUUGACCGGUAUGUUUGAUUAUUAGUUGGAGGUUUAACGACCAUCAAAUUUGACAAGCCUGUUGGUGCAUGCUUCUCUAGGUAGUUGUAAGUGUGUGAUAACAAGAUGUUAUUCUUUGAUUACGUUUUAACUUCCAACAACAGAUCAGAUAUUAAUAUUGUACAAACGUUAAAGUUUGUAAAGAUACAUGUAAAUUAACCACCACAUUCCUGUAAGAUUUUAAUAAUCAUUAAAAUACAGAUGUGACCCCAUCCUUUGAUGUUGGAGUAUCGUUAUUUGGAUUAAUGUACGGAUAAUUUGCCAGUCGCACAUUAUUUAUACUAGAUGAAAUAUCGGACUUAUGUGACGAUUUCAUUGAAAUGGAUGUGCGAGAUAAUGUCUGUAUUUUAAGUUGUUUUAUGGUCCUGAGCAAGAUAUUGCAUAAUAUAUUGUUACAACACUCGGGCUAAUGUCCUCGUGCAGUAUCAAUAUAUUACUUAAUGCCUCGCUCUCUACCAUUAAACCACACUUACUGAGUUUGUGGCCUUUAAUUGACAAAUAUAUACAGAUAUGUAUAUACAUAUUAUUCUACUCUAAAUCUUGUAUAUAUACCUUUAAACAAGUUAUUGACACUUUGAUUUGUAUGUUUCACUUCUUAAAUCAACAAUAUUGAUAAUAGACAAGUACAUUAUUAUCAUUUCUUGUUAAAUUAUUAUGUUAGAAUUAGAAUCAACAAAUUGUUUUAAGUAUCGAAUAAGAGCGAAGGUGAAUCGUGAAUUAUUUUACUGAUGAAGCCACUGAGUAUGGUGCUGGCUCACUAAACAGAAGAUACUGGGUUCGAUUCCAGCGUUGUCAAAGAAAGUUCUUCAGGACUUUCUGAUUUGGUGUCACCUUGUCAGUGGUGCAGGAUGAUCUUGCAGGGAAAAAGUGUCAGGUCGUUUGGAUGAGACCAAAAUCCAUUGUCCGACUGUGUUCUUGUGCAUUUAAAAGAAUCCUUGGAAUUUGAUGAACAUUCAACGGAAACGCCUAUGUCUGGGAAAACUUUUUCCUGCAUGGCAUAUGCCCAUCUUCAUUAGCCUGUUUGGUGAACAAAAAUUAGGACGAUAAACCCCAUUUCAUAUUACAUUACUCAUCUUAUUAAUUAUCAAUGUCAUUAAUGUUUAGGGGGGGGGGAUGGCCGAAUGGUUAGCACGCGCGCACUGUAUCACAAGGCCUGUCAUUGAGUCAACUGGCGUGGUUUUGAAUUCCCGGUUGUACGUGACAAGGAGUAGGGUUGCCUGUCCAACCUCGUGGGGUUUCUCCAGGUCCUCCGGUUUCCUCCCACCGCUAAAGACCCCUACGAGCACGCGAAUUAUUGAAAUAAAAUUGAACCAUGUGUUAGUCCCCAAAUCUGUCGAGUGGACGUUAAACCCCAUUUCUCUCUUUUUCUCGCAUUAAUGUUUAUUUGGUUUUAAUUAAAAUUUAACAAGAAAAAUUAUCUAAACUUGGAUUUAAUUAAAAUUACGAUGUUCAGAAAAAAAAAGAUGCAAGAUAGUAUUGAUCCUAACAAACAUAUAUUUAUUAAUGACUGGAAUUUUCAAAUGAACUACAAGAGACUGGAAAUGGAUUCUAGCAAACAUAGCUUUAUUGAAAUGGAUUCACCUUUUUGCUUUAUUCCUUCAUAGUUAUAUGGAUUGCUGUAACUGCUAAAAUGUAAUAUUUAUAUCAAGCAGUAUGAUAAUUUAUGGCAUAUAUAGUACACCAUAAAGAUUCAGGCCUGUUUUUCAUGUACCUGUUUUUGCCAGCGAAAAAGUCAGGCUAAUGUAAUGGGACCGUUUCCAUGUAAAUGGCGAAAUAGGGCAUGGAAAUGCUUAAAUGGAAAACAGGCUUAAAUCUGAUUCACCUGUUGAUGGAUUGUUACCUUUCCCUGAAUGAUUUCUCUAGUCUCAUAAUUUUAAUAUAAAUACUUUAUAUGCGAUAUAUUGUAUGUGUAGCAUUUUGUUUUUCGUUUUAAAAAUCAAACACGUCAAUAAAAUGUCAAAUACCCAAAUA